AUGUCUGAGCGUGUCACACAGCUGAAGCAUGAGGGCUCUCGGCAACAGGUAGUUGUCGCGGGUGCAGUCGCAGGCUUAGUGUCACGCUUCGUGAUAGCUCCCCUCGAUGUCAUCAAGAUCCGCCUGCAACUGCAGGUCCACUCGCUCUCCGACCCUUUCAGCGUCCGCAAUGUCAAAGGCCCUGUCUACAAGGGAACACUGGGCACCCUAAAACAAAUUCUACGACAAGAGGGCAUCACCGGGCUAUGGAAGGGCAAUAUACCUGCCGAGCUCAUGUACCUGACGUACGGUAGUGCUCAGUUUUCGGCUUACACGUACAUGUCGCAUUUGCUGGAAUCUAUACCAGCGCCGUACACGCCUCCCGGCUCCGUAAGCAACUUCAUAAGUGGCGCGACUGCUGGCGCUGCUGCGACUACAGCAACAUACCCGCUCGACCUCCUUCGCACGCGAUUUGCUGCCCAGGGACCUGAGCGCGUGUAUACGUCCAUCUUAACUUCCCUAAAGCAAAUCGCACAGCAGGAGGGACCGACGGGUUUCUUUCGCGGUCUCGGAGCGGGCAUUAGCCAGAUUGUACCAUACAUGGGCCUCUUCUUCGCCAGCUACGAGAGCUUGAAACCCAUCACCGCCACCUCGCCCAUACCACUACCACUCGGCAGCUCAGAUGCUGUCGCAGGUGUCAUCGCGAGUGUACUUUCAAAGACCGCUGUCUACCCCCUCGAUACAACACGUAAGCGACUGCAAGUCCAAGGGCCAACACGCGAACGCUACGUUCAUCGCAACAUACCCACAUACAACGGCGUCAUCCGCACUCUUGGACACAUAUGGAAGCACGAGGGAAGACGGGGUCUGUACCGGGGACUGACUGUCAGUUUACUGAAAGCAGCCCCAGCCAGCGCCGUCACAAUGUGGACAUACGAAAGAGCCAUGGGUGCCAUGCUAGCGUUUGAAGAGAAGCACAAAAACGAUUAG